UGUCAUCUAUUGUAAUGUACAUACAUACCUGUGGCGAAUUUGAGUAACUUCAAAUUUUUUUAAAUUUCUCUGUCACUCAAAAAUUGUUAAAAUGAGGUACUCCUUACUGUACUCCGGAGGUUAUUUAACAACUUUUGCCACCACAGUCCUUGUUCUUUAUUAUGUUCUUACCGGAAAGGGUGAGCAGGUCAGCUUAGCAUGGUUUUUCUCAAAUGUAUCGCCCUAUAUGUGGGCAGCCACUGGGAUAGGGUUGUCGGUAGCUGUAUCUGUAGUAGGAGCAGCCAUGGGUAUAUACACAACAGGCGCUAGUAUAGUAGGGGCUGGCGUCAAAGCGCCCCGAAUUCGAACAAAAAAUUUAAUAUCUAUAAUUUUUUGUGAAGCUGUGGCCAUAUACGGGUUAAUUACAGCUAUCGUAUUAACAAAUUUGUUUCAAGAAUACGAUUCCGACUUGGCAGUUUUAGACACUGACUUAUAUGCGAAAAAUUAUAUGGGUUCCCAAGUAAUCUUUGGGGCAGGUUUGACUGUCGGUUUCGUAAAUCUUUUUUGUGGGUUAUGCGUCGGCAUUGUUGGAUCAGGAGCAGCCAUUACAGACGCCGCAAAUAAGACCUUAUUUGUUAAAAUAUUAAUUAUUGAAAUUUUUGGUAGUGCCAUUGGACUCUUUGGAUUAAUUAUCGGAGUGUUUUUGACAUCCAAAGGAAGCAUGGGGGCAUAAAUGUAUGCAUUAUGAUGCCCUACAAAGUACAGUGUAAAUAAAGGUUGUAGCUAGCGGAGGGAGAAAACAAUUUGUGUCUUUUAACAAAAUUAUUUUUCGAAUAACCACCAUAUGGAAAUUAACCAUAGCAGACGAUUGCUUUUUUGAAAAUCGGUUUAUUUAGUAUUUUUUUCAAAAUUUGAAAUGUAGAUUGUUGAAUAG